ACCUAAUUGCCACUUGCAAUGUGAGACCCGCAUGUGGCUCCAUUCUUACCCGGGUUAACCCAAAACCCCGGCCGCCAACCACCCAUCAAAAAGCUACUUCUCGUAGCUGUUCUUCACUGUUGCUUCUUCUCCUCGGUCCCACACCCUCACCCUUCCUCUUUCAUUGUUUUCUUCUCCAAUUUUUCUUUGUCAACCAGCAUCGGAUAAUCCAAUUCUCUUCCAUUAUAAUAAUAUCUUCAUACCACGAUAAACCCAUUUCCCCAAUUUUCCUUUUGUAUAUACCACGUUGACGCUCCUGUCUGACACAUAUUGGAGUGGUUAUCCAUCUUUUUCAUCCCCUGUUCUCAAUUUACAAAGAAGGAAUCAAAAUUCAUCUGGAGAAAAGAUGCCUGAGUGGUGGAAAUGGAAAUCGCCCAAGAACAGAGAUCAGAAGAAUCAAGAGAAGAGCUUGAAAGAUAACUCGGUUUUUAGCAAGAGUAAUCAGACGCUGUGCAGCAAAAGUUCAUUACCCAAUAAUAUAAAUGAAAAGAAGAACAAUAAGAGCUUUGACGACGCUGUAUCGGCACGCGCCUCCCCACGUUCUUCUUAUACUGCUCCGUCGGCGUCUCCAUCACGGUUUUCGGGUUUUGAUUCGGAUCGUAUAGGGCAUCCUUUGCCUCAGCCGUCCAUAUCACCGACGACGUCGGUCGUGAUGGUUGAUCUUCAAGGGUUUGCUUUGGGAUCCGGGUCGGUUUCUUCCAGUGGAGACUCUUCCGUUUCUUCAGCCGAUAAUCUUGAUCAUGGCCAAUUGGGUAUUUUCAGAGGAUAUGGGGAGGCGAAGUUUAGCCCUCAAUUGAAAAGCCCAGGAAGAGGGUCAAGGGGCUCCAACCACAACCACUUCACCACUUCACCCAAGGUUUAUGGGUUCGAGUCUUGA